GCGCUGCUCGGUCGGUAAGUCGGUAAAAGUGACAGCUCGCGGCAAACACUGUCAAAAACCUGCCAAACGUUUUAUAAAUAAGCGUAAAAAUUCAAGUGUUAUUAAUGAAUUUAUCUCAACCGAUUGAUCGUUUCGCCCCCAUUUCACCGUCAUCAUAACCAAAUUGCAGUUUUCAGUGCCAUUCAUAUUUUCCCCCAACCAUGUAACCAAAACCGAAAAAACCAAACUCGAGUGAGUGAAAAACCACUCAGUUCAUUCCCACGCCACCGUUCUCCUCAGCAAUGGCUUCAAUCGAGUACGAUUUGGACACAUCUGGGGGUCUCAUGGACCAAAUCCAGGCUCUGAUCGCGCCCCCGCAGUCCGAGGACACGAAAUCGCGCAAGGGGGCCACCGCCACGGAGCACCCGUACUUCAAGCGGCCGGGAAAGGGGCACAACCACGACAGUUGCGACGCGUGCGGCGAAGGGGGCGAUUUGAUUUGCUGUGACAAGUGUCCGUCGAGUUUUCAUCUGCAGUGCCAUGAUCCCCCAUUGGAGGAGAAGGAUAUACCGAGUGGAGAGUGGUUGUGUCACAGUUGUAAAUAUGCAAAAAAGAGCAAUGCGCCCCAAACGAGGAACAAACGCUCGGCGUCCACGCCGGCGGGGAAAGCCCCCAAAAAGGCGAAAGUCAGUCCGAUGGAUUUGUUAAUUCAGGCUGCGAGUUCAAUGAAUCCCAAGCAGUUUGAUUUGCCCAGGAGUAUGAGUGUACCGUGCAUUUUUCCAGGGACUGAUAAAGUCGAAGCCCCAUAUUCUCGCAACGGCCGCAAAAGCAUGAAAGUCCACAAAGACCACGAGAAAAAACAAGAUGCUACAAUUUUCCUUCCAGCAAAGAAAUGCCACGAAUGUCGCAAAUCUUGCCGUGUAGCUCCGCUAAUAUCGUGCGACUUUUGCUCCCUAUACUUUCACAUGGAUUGCUUAGAUCCACCGCUAACAACGCCACCUAGCGGCCGCUGGAUGUGCCCGAAUCACGUCGAACACUAUCUCGACUCUAAACUGUUGACUUCGAUUUCGGCCACCGAACGCAUCAAACUGUGGGAUAAAUUCAACGGUCCCGUCGAUCAAGACGCCAUACGUUUGGAGUUUUUUCGUAAAAUUCACAGUAAAAAUCCGCCGUUUCGUGUAAAAAUUAAAUUGGCGUCGAAAAAUCGCGUUAAAGUACCGGCAAUGGUCAAAUAUCAUUAUCGUAAACCGGUGAAAUUGUUGCCGAGUUUGAAGGAUGUCUUGCGGUUAGAGAGUGUGUUAAACAAUCGAGAGCAGAUGGUUGAGGACGCUGUUAAGUGUGAAGAUGUUGAAGUUGUACAAAGUUUGUGUAACGGUCCGGAGGAUCAAACGUGUGAUAAAAGUACAGAUGAAAAUACGAAUAAUACUCAAGAGGACGACACAAAGGAGGAUUUUUGUCGAAAUGGUUGUAUUAAAAAUGAGGUAAUGAAUGGGGCAACGGUUGACCAAAAGGACAAUAUUUUUUUGCCGGACGUCGUCUCGGAUAUUACGAACGAAGUUGAAGUCGAAUUGAAGCAAUUAGACGACCGAUUGGUGAAACUCCUCGCUUAUCAGCGCAUCCAGCACCUGCUCAACCAGCCGAACAAUUCCGCCAACUUAAAUUUGUAUCUACCGUCGAAUUUGCAGAGCAAAUUACGUCACAUGCCUAUGCCGAGUGAAUUGUUGACGCCUGCCGAUAUCGAACGAAUAUCGCGCGUUUUUUCCAGUCCGAAGAAGAAAAUCAAGCCGAAGUCGGCGCUUCGCGCACGUGCUAUGAUGUGUCCGGUGGUUUCCCCACAUUUCUACAAUGUGCGCACGUCCGAAGUCAGUCCGAACGAUGUGCGACACGACGAUAGUUUUCUCGGAUUUAGGCCGACGGUUUCGGCGAGAUAUCCCGAAGCGGUGGCGAUGAGAUACCGGGUGUUGAAUGUGGGGAAAGGAUCGUCCAAUGAUGUCGAUUUGGAACGGUUUGGACAUUGCAAUAACAUAUCGGCAAGGCAUGCGAUCAUUUUCUACGAUGAGUUCACGAAAAACUUCGAGCUGAUCAACUACUCGUCCCACGGUACAUUUGUGAACAACGUGCUGUUUUCAAACGACACCAAUACCGAACGCCCCAAACAGUGUGAAGGAAAAAUCGUUCCGUUGGAAGUCCAAGUGCGUGAAAUCAUUGAUAGAAGACGAAAAGUAGUCCGCCAACGAAAAAACUCGUUUGAAGCGAAAAUGACAGCAAUAGAUAACAUGGAUACGAUGGAAUGUUGUUGUACAAAUGUUGGUGAAUCAUCAUCACGUAUAGGAUGGGAAGGAUCGGCAAUUUUAAACCACGGAAGUCUUUUAAGGUUCGGAUGUGUCUCGUUCGUAUUUUCGAUCGUCGAUUGUGCGGCAUAAAAAACUCACUCACAACAAAGAUACAUUUUUACUUGAUGAUUUGAAUACAACAUACAUGAUACAAACAUACGAUCUGUACAAAAAUAUGAAAUAAAUGCAGAAUUGUG